AUGAGGGGCGACCUCGAGACGACCAGGGCCGAAAAGGCCCUCCACGACCAGACCGACAUCCUCCCGCUGAGGAAGCUGCUCGUCGUGUUCGCGACACUCGCCGUCACCCUGCUCGUCUCCUUCAUCGACCAGAACGGCAUCAGCGUCACGCUGCCCACCAUCGCCGCCGACCUCGACGCCGAGGCCACCAUCUCCUGGGCCGGCACCGCGUCGCUCGUCGCCAACACGACCUUCCAGAUGCUCUACGGCCGCUUCUCCGACAUCUUUGGCCGCAAGGCCGUCUUCCUGACCGCCGUCGCGCUGCUGUCCGUCGCCGACCUGCUGUGCGGCCUGUCGCGGAAUGCGGCCAUGUUCUACGUCUUCCGCGGUGUCGCGGGCAUCGGCGGCGGCGGCAUCUCGAACCUCGCCAUGAUCAUCGUCUCGGACGUCGUCACCCUCGAGCAGCGGGGCAAGUACCAGGGCAUCCUCGGCUCCAUGAUCGGGCUGGGCAACGUCCUCGGGCCCUUCCUCGCCGCCGCCUUUGUCGAGAGGGCGACGUGGAGGGCCUUUUUCUGGAUGCUCUCGCCGCUCGGCGUCAUCGUCGGCGUCAUCUCCUAUUUCCUCCUGCCGUCCAAGCCGCCGCAGGACGAAUUUGUAGAGAGCGUCAAGAAGAUCGAUUAUGCCGGCUCCCUGACAUCCUCGGCCGGGGUUAUCUUGUUGUUGAUUCCCAUCUCUGGGGGUACGUACUACAAUACAUAUGAUGCUCUGAGUGGUGCCUACUUCCCAUGGAACUCGGCCAUGGUCAUAAGCAUGCUCACGAUCGGUGCCCUCGCCCUUGUCUCUUUUGUAAUUGUUGAAUGGAAGUUUGCGAAACUCCCCAUGAUGCCGGGUAGGUCUACCGUCUCGAGCGCACCGAGUAUCGUUGCCAGACAGACCAACAGUGCUAAUCUCGCCGAGACAGUCCCUAUUUUCAAGAACAAAGUCAUUGUCGUUCUGUUAACUCAGUCCUUCCUCUUUGGUGCGGUGUACCAAUCGUAUCUCUACUAUGUUCCCCUCUACCUCCAGAACGCACAUCAGUACUCGGUCAUCCAGUCUGCUGCAAUCUACGUCGCACUCGUCGUCUGCCAGUCCGUCUUCUCCAUCAUCUCGGGCCAGUACAUCUCGAGGGUUCAACGUUACGGAGAGGUAAUAUGGGCUGGGUUUGGUCUUUGGACUUUGGGCGCGGGACUGACUCUGAUCUACGAUCGCCACACCAAGCCGGGAGUCAUCGUCAUCCCGCUGCUCAUCAUCGGCAUCGGCGUCGGCUUCAUCUUCCAGCCGACCCUCGUCGCCCUCCAGGCGCACUCCAUCAAGUCCCGACGGGCCGUCAUCACGUCCAACCGCAACUUCUUCCGGUGCGCCGGCGGCGCGUGCGGCCUCGCCGUGUCCGCGGCGGUGCUGCAGGCGACCCUGCGAGCGAAGCUGCCGCCAGAGUUCAAGGACCUGGCGAGCAGCACCUAUUCGAUACCCGAGCUGAACGAGCAGGACAUGUCCGCCGUCCUGGAUGCGUACAUGGCCGCGAGCCGGGCAGUCUUCAUUCUCCAGAUACCGUUGAUCGGGUUGUGCCUGAUUGGUUGCUUGUUCAUCAAAGACCGAGGUCUGCAUCCGAUCGAGGAUGUAAAAGCAGAAGAGUCAUCAAGUGAAAGUCGAGAUGAAGAAGAUGGAGUUUCAUCACAAGAGAAGAGUUCGGGGAACGGCAACGAUAGAAACGAUGAACAAAUAUUGGCGCCUGUUUCCAGCAGCCGGCGGGGAGUGAGGGCACGACAAGAUAUAGAAAAGUAG